AUACAAUUACCUACUACUACUACACUCGAUCCUCAUCCACCUCUAUAUAUGAUCCCGUCAUGCCCCUACGGGUCACAUCUGCCCCCGUCUCCGGGGUGCAGAAGAGGCGACGAAAACCCGCGGACUCGAAACCCCGCGCCUCGCCCUUCGCCGGCCACGCUCGUCGCAAGGCCACCACCACCAGGGCACCCGAUGCAGCAGACGAAGACACAGACCCCCUCCCAGACGUCGGACUGUCGCGAUAUAUUCCCGAGACCGCACCGGUGGAGAACGUCGUGCAAGCCUUGAGUUACAUCCGCGACAGUAUCUUCGACGAGAUCCCUCAGCGGGCGGGGAUGAACAGCACCCGGAUCGCGGAGGUGCUGAACUUUCGCCGCUCACUGCCUCCGUUGGUUUCAGUGGCUCACGUUCAUACUUUGCUGGAUGCGCCGACGAGGGUGGAAAAGGAGGUCAUGGUGUUGGUGUCUACCGGCCGUGUGCGCCGUCUGGUGGUUCCCGGGCGUGGCAACGACGCCGCCGGGCUGGGUGAUUGUCUUGUUCUGGUAGAGGAUUGGGAGCGGCUUGUACGGGAUAGUAAUGCCUUGGACGCGGCGCUGAAAGACAAAUUCCUCUCCGUCCUCAGCCAAAUGGGAAACACCUCCGCCAUACCCGGGCUACUGUUCUCCCCCCCAGAACACACAUCCCUCGUGCGCGCCGGAUUCCUCGUCUCCUCAUCCUCCCUCGCCAAAGGCUCCUCCAACAUGGCCUCCCUCCCCAGUCUCCCCUCCUCCUCCACCACCACCACCACAGCCGGCAACACCGCCAGCCGAUCCAGCGAUGGCGCACAAUACAACACCACCCCCACCAACCGCUCCCAAUCCAACUUUCACACCGCAACCCUCUUCCUCUCCCUCCCCAACACAGGCCCCUACCUCCGUCUCCUAGGCGCAGGCCGAUCCCACCUCCUCACCAUCCUGAAGAAGUCCAGCUCGCGCGAGAUUCCGCUAUCUCUACUGCGAGACCGCUGGAACGGGGCCGUCGAGUCGGAGACAACCUCCAGCGUGGCUAAACGGAUGAGAGGCGAGUUCACGGGUGUCUUGCCCGGCAGGACGAAGAAGUGGAAGGAUCUGUAUGGGAUGAAGUUCCGGUGGGUGUUGGAGGAGGCGAUUGGGGCGGGGCUCGUUGAGCUGUUUGAUACGGGGAGUGUGGGGCCGGGGGUGCGCUGUCUUUGA